AUGGCGUCUAAAGGGAUUCCCGCCAAGAAGCAGCAAGAGUUGCAGGCGACAUAUUCAAACUACAAGAAUACUCUUCAACAACUGGCGCAAAAGAUCGGUGACGUUGAGCAAGAGGCCGAAGAGCACAAGUUAGUGACGUCUUCCACAGCAGCCGUCUACCCACCAUUGCUUUACCGGCUCGCUUGGUCUGAAGGAUUUUGGUCCCUAGCGUGGAGCUUGAUGGAUGUCAUGAAGCUCACCGCCUUGCUUGUCCUCGAGACUCUAGAGCCAUUGUCAGAUGAUCGCAAGUGUUUCCGAAUGAUCAAUGGCGUCUUGGUGGAGAGGACCGUCAAGGAUGUUGUUCCGGCCCUGAAGACGAAUGCCGAAGGCUUGAAAAAAGUCCUCGAUGAUCUAGUCAAGCAAUACAAGACGAAACAAGAUGACUUAGAAAAGUGGAAGGUGGGUUAUUGGAUUUCAUUCAUUCUCAACGCCGAUUUGGACGGUCGACUUACACGAAAGCCAACCCUCUGA